AUGAUGCUCGCGUACAUGGACCGCGCGACGGCGGCCGCCGAGCCGGAGGACGCCGGCGAGCUUUCGCCCGUCACCAUGGCGCCGGCCGCCGCCGCCGGCGACGCGGCGGCGAUGGACUUCGGCGGGCUCCUCCGUGCCGUGCCCGCGGCAGUGGUCCGCCCGGCGAGCGCGGACGACGUGGCCAGCGCCAUCCGCGCGGCGGCGCUGACGCCGCACCUCACCGUGGCCGCCCGCGGGAACGGGCACUCGGUGGCCGGGCAGGCCACGGCCGAGGGCGGGCUGGUCCUCGACAUGCGCUCGCUCGCCGCCGCGACGUCGUCGUGGUCCUCCCGCCUCGGCGGCGCGCAGCAGACGAUGCAGCUCGUCCAGUGCCCGUCCGAAGGCGGCGGCGGCCACUGCUACUUCGCCGACGUGCCCGGCGGCGCGCUCUGGGAGGAGGUGCUCCACUGGGGCGUCGACAACCACGGGCUGGCCCCGUCAUCCUGGACGGACUACCUCCGCCUCACCGUGGGCGGCACGCUCUCCAACGGCGGCGUGAGCGGGCAGUCCUUCCGCUACGGGCCCCAGGUGUCGAACGUGGCCGAGCUCGAGGUGCGGUGGACGCGCGUGGUGUACGCGAGCUUCGCUGACUACACGGCGGACGCGGAGUGGCUGGUGACGCGGCUCCCCGACGCGGCGUUCGACUACGUGGAGGGCUUCGCGUUCGUCAACAGCGACGACCCCGUCAACGGGUGGCCGUCCGUGCCCAUCCCCGGCGGCGCCCGCUUCGACCCGUCCCUGCUCCCCGCCGGCGCCGGCCCCGUCCUCUACUGCCUGGAGGUGGCCCUGUACCAGUACGCGCAGCACCGGCCCGACGACGACGAGGACCAGGGGGAGGGGGUGGCGAGCGUGAGCCGCCGGAUGAUGGCGCCGCUCAAGUACGUGCGGGGCCUGGAGUUCGCGGCGGACGUCGGGUACGUGGACUUCCUGUCCCGCGUGAACCGGGUGGAGGAGGAGGCCCGCCGCAACGGCAGCUGGGACGCGCCGCACCCGUGGCUCAACCUCUUCGUCUCCGCGCGCGACAUCGCCGACUUCGACCGCGCCGUCAUCAACGGCAUGCUCGCCGACGGCAUCGACGGGCCCAUGCUCGUCUACCCCAUGCUCAAGAGCAAGUGGGACCCCGACACGUCGGUGGCGCUGCCGGAGAAGGGCGAGAUCUUCUACCUUGUGGCGCUGCUGCGCUUCUGCCGGCCCGGCGGCCCGGCGGUGGACGAGCUGGUGGCGCAGAACGGCGCGAUCCUCCGCGCCUGCCGCGCCAACGGCUACGACUACAAGGCCUACUUCCCGAGCUACCGCGGCGGGGGAGGCGGAGUGGUCGCGCCACUUCGGCUCCGCCAGGUGGAGGCGCUUCGUGGACCGCAAGGCCCGGAGGUAGCCGAUGGUGGUGAGCAGGGCAAUGACGGCGAUAGGGCCACCGUUAGGUGCAUCGAUCGGCAAAUUAAGGGGAUUGGUGUGUGGAGAUCUGCAUGA